AUGGUGGGCGCACGUUUUUUUUUUUUAAAUCUCCCAACGUCGCUGAGCUCCGCGUCAUCGUUGAACCGCAACAAAAUAACUUCGAACCGGCUUCCAACGGAUCCCUCAACUCCUCAGUGGCGAGAUGGAUAUAAACUUCGGAAAGCCGUCGACGAUUCCUCAACGCAAUCGACACACCGGCUUCCCAUUUAUUUCUGCAACGCGCAAAGAAGGGUGUCAUCGCAUAGUGGUAGAAAAACACUCCUGUUGGCUACCAUCUGCAUUUAUGAUGUUGGCGCUUUGGACAGUUUCCCAAUCGUUUUAUUGGUUCCAUUGCUGAACUUUAUCAAAAGUGGGCUAAACGAAGUUGAUGGAUCCGCCGACUGUGUUGAUUUCUCGGAAUAUCAAUGCCUUACGGCCCCCUUUCCGACAACAUUUCGGAUUUCAUUAUGUCCACGACUCCGUUUCGGUGGGCAAUUUUUUUUUUUUUGUACGCACUCGAGAGGCGACAAGAACUCCCGGUCCAUUUUAUCACACCAACGACUAGCAAAAUUCGUGCCUCUUUUCCACACUUGGUACAAUGAGCAGGAUAUUUCUUAA